GCGGCUGAAUCUUUGGGACGCUAUUGACCGCUGCGUACGACAGACUCUUACAAUGGCGUCUGCAGCACUUUCAGCGACCUCGGGUCCUUCUGGAAUGACCGCGUUCAAUGACAAAAACAAACCGAUGGAGGUCAGAUUGUCCAACCUGAUUGCUGCCAAAGCCAUCAGUGAUGCGGUGCGGACAUCCUUGGGUCCAAGAGGAAUGGACAAGAUGAUUCAGACGGCAAAGGGGGAGGUUAUCAUCACCAAUGAUGGAGCUACGAUUCUUCGGAGUAUACAAGCCUUGCAUCCUGCUGCCAAGAUGCUCGUUGAUUUGUCUGCAGCUCAAGACAUCGAGGCGGGAGAUGGUACGACAUCGGUUGUUGUACUUGCGGGCUCCUUGUUAGGUGCUGCAGAGAAGAUGCUGCAAAAGGGCAUUCACCCUACCAUCAUUGCCGAUUCGUUCUUGAGAGCGUCUGCAAAAGCUGUGGAGUACCUUACGGAGAUAUCUACGCCCAUAGACUUGAACGACAAGGCGAGCUUACUUCGGGCAGCGACAACCUCACUUAACUCUAAGAUUGUCUCCCAAUACUCAUCCACAUUGGCACCUAUUGCUGUGGCGGCUGUCACCAAACUUGUUACCCCCACCUCCUCCACAGUCGACCUCCGCGACAUUAGGAUAGUGAAGAAGGUCGGAGGCACCAUUGAAGACACCCAAUUAGUGGAGGGUGUUGUCCUAAAUCAAAACGUCGUCGUCGCUGCUGGCGGACCAACAAGGAUAGAAAAAGCCAAGAUCGGUCUCGUCCAGUUCCAACUCAGUGCACCGAAACCCGAUAUGGAUAACACCGUGGUAAUUAAUGACUAUCGCCAGAUGGACAAGGUCCUCAAGGAGGGCCGUCAAUAUCUUCUCAACAUCUGCAAAAAGAUCAAGAAGGCAAAUUGCAACGUCCUCCUCAUCCAAAAAUCCAUCCUGCGAGACGCGGUUGACGACAUCUCGUUGAACUUCCUGAAGAAGCUCAAUAUCCUCGUGGUCAAGGACAUCGAGCGUGACGAGAUAGAAUUCCUGAGCAAGAGUCUGGGAUGCAAACCUGUUGCGGACAUCGAAGCUUUCACGGAGGACAAGCUGGGCUACGCGGAUCUUGUCGAAGAGACAAGCGAGAGCGGUCCCAAGGUUGUCAAAAUUACUGGCGUCAAGCAUAAAGGCCGGACCGUGAGUAUCUUGGCGAUGGGUAGCAAUUCGCUCGUGUUGGAAGAGUGCGAGCGUAGUCUGCAUGACGCGCUUUGCGUUGUCAGAUGCCUAGUAAAGAAGAGGGCUCUGAUCAGCGGCGGUGGGGCACCUGAAAUUCACGUUUCGCGUCUGUUAUCGCAAUACGCCCAGUCCCUGAAGGGCAUGGAGGCGUACUGCUUCCAGGCAUAUGCAGAUGCUUUGGAAGUCAUUCCCACAACACUGGCUGAGAAUGCUGGUUUGAACCCUAUCGCCAUCGUCACUGAACUCAGGAAUCGGCACGCCCUGGGCGAACGCAAUGCUGGUAUCAAUGUCCGCAAGGGAUUAAUAUCCAACAUCUUGGAGGAGGAUGUCGUACAACCUUUACUAGUCUCGACGAGCGCAAUCGAGUUAUCAACCGAGACGGUUUGCCUGUUGCUGAAGAUAGAUGACUACGUUCAGGCUCGGUAGUCAUAACAAUAAUGUAACUUUAGUGCCAUCUACGCCAUUAUGAUAAGCUCGACGAUGAUAUGAUAGGUCUAACAUGUACCUCGAUCCAUCUCGAUUACCGCUGCCCGUAACAAAGCAAAUACUCCCGGAUUAAUCCCCCUGCCCUUUGGCGGCCCUAUGCAGAGAAUAGGCCAGGUGCGGUG